AUGAAAACACAUGUAUAUCAUUUUUAUUAUUAUUUUUUGUCCCAUCAUGCGGGGGGGGGGUUCGUCUACUUCGAGGUCACUCACGAUAUUACUCACUACUGCAAUGCCAAGGUGUUUGAACAUAUUGGCAAAAGGACCCCCAUUGCUGUCCGUUUCUCUACUGUGGCUGGGGAGUCUGGUUCUGCUGACACCGUCCGAGAUCCCCGAGGCUUUGCUGUAAAGUUUUACACCGACGAGGGUAACUGGGACCUGACGGGAAAUAAUACCCCCAUUUUCUUCAUCAGGGAUGCGAUGCUUUUUCCAUCCUUCAUUCAUUCCCAGAAGCGCAACCCUGAAACCCACAUGAAGGACCCUGACAUGGUGUGGGAUUUCCGGAGCCUGAGGCCUGAGAGUCUGCAUCAGGUGUCCUUCCUGUUUAGUGACCGAGGUUUGCCUGAUGGCCACCGCCACAUGAAUGGCUACGGCUCCCACACCUUCAAGUUGGUCAACGCUGAUGGCGAAUGUGUCUACUGCAAGUUCCAUUACAAGGUCUGUUUCUAAACAGGUUUGCUGCGGAAUGUUGGU